AUGCCGCCAAAGAUCUUGUCCAAAGAUCUCAACUAUAUAUCACCGCUCCAGCAACUUCAGACGAAAAAUCAGACCGGGAAGAGAAUAAGGGUAUCAAGGGCCUGUGAUACAUGUCGUCGAAGAAAAGUGAAGUGUGAUGGGAAACAACCAUGUAUUCAUUGCACAGUGUAUUCUUAUGAGUGUUCUUAUAACAAGGCUGCUCCUGCUCCUGCUCAGAAGAGACAAAAGAAAGAAAGUGAAGCUGUUGGUGCUGGUGCUGGUCCUGGUGCUUCUACUGCUACUGCUUCAACUGCUGCUAAAAUUGCCAAUCAUGAACCAACUCAAUCUAAAUCUGUUAAAGUGGAAGAGUCUAACCAAACUCAAAUCCCUAAACAAUCAUCAGUCAAACCUGCACAACCAACAAAUUCAAAUACUUUCCAAGAUCAAUUAAUUCAAACAAUCUUCCCACAAUUAGAUACUCAAAAUGAAAAUUUUAAUACUGAUUUAUUUUUACAAGUUUUAGAAAAACAUAAAAAAAAUGGUGUUAUUGAUUUAAAUUCCAUCUUGAAAGAAUAUAAUGCAAUUGAAAAUCCUCAUAUUCAUGGUCGUUCAAUUGCCCCAAUUGAAAUUAAAAUCAUUUUACCACCAAGAGAAAUUGCAUUAAAAUUAAUAUAUAAAACAUGGAAUGAAGCUUGUGUAUUAUUCAGAUUUUAUCAUCGUCCUUCAUUCAUAAAUGAUUUCAAUUCUCUUUAUGAAACAAAUCCUAAUGAAUAUACAAAUCAUCAAAAUAAAGUAUUACCAUUAAUUUAUUCUGUUAUUGCAGUGGGUGCCCUUUUUUCUAAAGGUGAUAAUGCAAUUGAUAAUCAAUAUUUACAAGAUGAAGGUUAUAAAUAUUUCAUUGCAAGUAGGAAAUUAAUUGAUAUUACAAAUUCAACAGAUAUUCAAUCUAUUCAAACUAUAUUCAUGUUAACUUUAUUUUUACAAUGUUCAGCUAGAUUAAGUACAUGUUAUUCAUAUAUUGGUAUAGCAUUAAGAUCUGCCCUUAGACAAGGAUUACAUAGGAAAUUACAAACUUUUGCAAACCCAAUUGAAUCAGAAAUUAAAAAAAGAUUAUUUUGGACAAUUUAUAAAUUAGAAAUUUAUGUUAAUUCAAUGUUGGGAUUACCAAAUUCUAUUAAUGAAACUGAUAUUGAUGUUGAAUUCCCCCAGGAUUUAGAUGAUGUUAAUAUAGAUCAAUAUGGUAUAUUACCACAACAAUUAGGGAAACUAUCAUCAUGUGGUAUGAAUAAUUCCCAUACCAAAUUGAUAUUAAUCUUAAAUCAUAUUGUUCAAAAAAUUUAUAAGACUCAAGAUCCAAUUUUUGUUAUACCUUUGGAAACUAUAAGAAAUUUAGAAAAUGAAUUAAAAAUUUGGAUAUAUGAAUUACCAAAUCAAUUAAAACAAAAUAGUAAUACCCCCCUAGAAUAUUUAAAAGCAAAUAAACUUUUACAUUUAGAUUAUUUACAUGUUAAAAUCAUGCUUUAUAGACCUUUUAUUCAUUAUGUUAAGAUUGCUAAACAUAAUAAGAAUUCUACAAGUUCAUGUCAUUUAGAAAAAGGUUUAAAAUGUAUUGAAAUUUCAAAACAAAUUGUUUAUUUGGCUCAAGAAAUGAUUAAUAAAAAAUUAUUAAAUGGUUCAUAUUGGUUUAGUAUUCAUACAAUUUUUUUUGCAGUUGCAUGUUUAGUUUAUUAUUUCUUAGAAGUUGAUUCAACAGAUGAAAAUAUUAUUCAAACUAUUGAAAUGGGUAAAAGAAUCCUAAGUGUUUUAAAGGAAAGAUCAGUUUCUGCUCAAAGAAUUUAUACUUUAUUAAAUUCAAUGUUUGAAAAUUAUGAUAGAAAUAACGUUCAUGUUGAAGUCUUGGAACCAAAAAAUCCAACAAAAUCAACCACUACAACAAAGACUACACCAAACAUAACUACAAACCCAAAUACAUUUGUUUCACCAUCAAGUAUGAAUGAUCCAGCAACAGAUCCAAUAACAUCACAAUUAACAUCAACCAAUAACCAACUCCUAAACCCAUCAGACACAGCAGCAAUAGCACCAACAAAUAAUCAACCAUUAGAUCAAUCUCAUUACGUCCCUGGUAUGAUGGAUGAUUUUGAUAUGAAAAUUUUCGGAAGAUUCUUACCUUCAUAUAUGUUACAAAGACCACAUGGAACAUCAGGACCAGGGACGAAUGGUGGUGAUAUGCCAAUAAAUGAAGAAUUAGAAAAUGAUCCAAUGGGUCCUAUAAAUUCAUUAUUGGGUGAUAAUCAUCCAAGUGUUGGUAGUACAGUUAAGACUAGUGAAGAAGAAGAUGAAGAAAAUAUGUUUGAUUGGGUUAAAUUUUUUGAUAAGAAUGGUGAUGGGAAUCUUGGAUUUGAUAUAUGA